AUGAAGCAUUUUGGUAAAUAUGGUGAAAUUACUGAUUCUGUGAUAAUGAAGGACCGGAUAACAGGGCAGCCUCGUGGAUUUGGCUUUGUGACCUAUGCAGAUCCAUCUGCUGUUGAUCAAGUCAUUCAGGAUACUCAUAUUAUCAAUGGCAAACAAGUAGGGUUUUGCUGUGGUGCUGAUGUCGAAAUCAAGCGAACAAUACCAAAGGGAGCUGUUGGGUCUAAGGAUUUUAAGACCAAGAAGAUUUUUGUUGGUGGAAUACCUGCAGUGGUGAUUGAAGAUGAGUUCAAGGAAUUCUUUUCGCAAUUUGGAGAGGUUACAGAACAUCAAAUCAUGCGGGACCAUUCGACCAAUCGUUCUCGCGGGUUUGGAUUUAUUACAUUUGAUUCAGAACAGGCAGUUGAUGAUCUCUUGGCCAAGGGAAAUAAACUCGAGCUGGCUGGAAGUCAGGUGGAGAUCAAGAAGGCUGAGCCAAAGAAGGCUAACCCGCCUCCACCUCCAUCAAAGCGUUAUAAUGAUUCAAGACCUCCAUUUCGUGGUGGAUUUGAUGAUGCUUAUGGUGGAUUUGGAGGUGGUGGGUUUGGAGGCAUUGGUAGUUAUAGGUCUGGAGGGGCCUACGGAAGUAGAGCUGGUGCUUAUAGUGGCUAUGGUGGAGGUGAAUUUGGUGGCUAUGGAGGGUAUGGAGUCGGGGGUAUCAGCGCUUAUAGGGGAGAGCCCUCUUUAGGAUAUACUGGUCGUUAUGGAGGACUGUACAGCAGAGGUUAUGAUUUAGGUGGUGGAGGAUAUGGUGGCCCAGGUGAGAAUUAUGGCGGAUAUGGCGGCGGCAGUGGCGGCGGCGGCGGUUCUGGUGGUAGCUAUGGAAAUAGCUAUGACACUGGUCUUGGAGGUGGGUAUGGAGGUAAUAAUGGAGGCUCCAUGUAUGGAAGCAGAGGGGGAUAUGGUGGUGCCGGGAGUGGUAGAUAUCAUCCUUAUGGGAGGUAG